AGGCCUAGGAGGGCAGCCCGCCACCUUCCUCUUAAGAAACACGCGCCUGCGCAGACGGUGCAGUGCCAGACAGGAGAGUAGUGAACCCGGAACGCGGCCCGACUCCUUCCUACUGCGUGGAAGCGGAUGGUUCAAAGUAGAAACAAGCACUGGAAUCAUGCUUAAUUCUUUUAGUUAUGUGAAUGAUCACAUUGGCUUUUGUGGUAGUGUGAAAAACUAUCCUAGUGACUUUGUAGUAACAGAAAUUGAUGUGUUUGGGCAGUUACUUAGUGACACUGAGUCGUCUUGUGCUAUCAGUGAAACUCCAUUGGAACAAAAGAGCCCCUACCAGCAGCAUCACAAGAGGUUAAGAAUAAAUGCCCCAGAACUGGGCAUAGAGGAUGAACAUUGCCAGGUGGACAAUCUAAGUCAUGCUUCAGAAGAAUGUCUUUCAUCUGUUAAAGAAAAAAAGGAACGUGUGACCAAAACCAUACCUAAAUGUGGGAUCGAUGACACUGACAUGUUGGACUCCUUGUUAAGCAAGUCUGUGAACGAGCUGCUUAGUCAGUUUGCUUGCAAUGUAAAAGAUGCGUGGAAUUCAGAAAAUGAUCAAACUCCUUAUUCUAAUGAAUUCUCACUGGGGCCUAUCUUUGAAAAGGAGAAUCGAGCCUGCUUACAUAGUGCCAUAAGACAGAAAUUUCCUUUCCUAAUGACUGUUACAAAAAACAGUGAAAUUAUUGUAAAAGCAAAUGCUGAUUACAGAGAGCUUUGCCAGUUUGUUACUGAAGAAGAAGCAUAUGAUUUUUUUAAAUUUUUAGAUGCAAAACUGGAGACCUCUAAGUUUUCUUUUAAGCCCGAUGAAAACAAGGAACACAGAAAGACAGUCCAUCAUUUCAUCAGUAAAAAAUUUGGAAAACUUUUAGAAACAAAGUCUUUUUCUGUGACAGACUUCAGUGGUCAGCAAAACACAGCGAUAAUGGUAAGAUUUCGGGAGAAAACGUGUUCCAGAAAAAGGCCAGCUGCUGAUUGCCAGGAGAAACAGAAUCUUUAUACAGCUUUCACCCUUCAGAAAGAAAAUCUGGAAACACUAGAAGCAAUUGGCUAUUUGUCUUCUGAACUUGGUGUGCUUCCUUCAGACUUCAGUUAUACAGGCAUCAAAGAUAAGAAAGCCAUUACCUACCAAGCUAUGGUUGUGAAGAAAGUGACUCCUGAGAGGAUGAAAAAAGUUGGAACAGCAAUUGUAAAAAAGGGAAUGAAAGUGUAUAACAUUCACAGAGUAUGCCAGCACCUUAGGCUUGGUCAGCUGAAGGGAAAUCACUUUGAUAUAACUGUGAGAGAUCUAGGGCUCCAACAAAAUGAUUCUUCUGCAGAUGUGAAAGAGAGAAUAUCAGAAGCAAUUGAGAACAUUCAGACUAACGGAUUUGUAAAUUACUAUGGACCUCAGCGAUUUGGGCAGGGACAAAAUGUUCGGACAGAUCAAAUUGGACUGGCUUUGCUGAAUGAAGAAAUGGUAAAAGCUGUGAAGCUAUUUUUCACACCAGAAGAUACAGAUGAUCCUGUAAACCAGGCAAAGAAAUAUUUUCUUCAGACUGAGGAUGCAAAGGGCACUCUUGCAAGGAUGCCCGAAUUUAAAGUAAGAGAGAAGAUGAUACUUCGUGCCUUGAAUCGCUAUGGAGUGAACCAUGAGGGCUGUACACGAGCAUGGUUCAGUCUUCCUCAUUCCAUGCGCAUAUUUUAUGUUCAUGCGUAUUGCAGUAAAAUUUGGAAUGCAGCAGCAUCUUAUAGGUUUAAGAUCUAUGGGUCAAAAGUAGUAGAGGGUGAUUUAGUCCUCUCUGAAGAAAAUGUUGAUGAAAGCUCUUCUCUGAAUGACCGAGUCCACAUAGUAACUGCUCCAGAAGAGUCAGCUAGCAAUUAUACAAUACAUCAAGUGGUUCUUCCAAUGGUUGGGCACAGUAUCAAGUAUCCCAGUAAUAAAGUUGGGCAGUGGUACCAUGAAAUACUUGCUGAGGAUGCGUUGCAGACAUGCAGGUUUAGACUGUCUGCAUUACAGCUCAAUAUACCUGGAUGUUACAGACACAUUUUGAAAAAUGUUCACAAUUUAUCGUAUCGCUUCUUAGAAGACAGUAAAGAGGGAAUCAAAAGUGAAGACAGCUGUCAUCUAGAUGCAUCGAAAGCAUCACUUUUUCUUUCAUUUGACCUCGAUCCUUCAUGUUAUGCAACAGCAUGUCUAAGGGAAAUACUGAAAUGUGAUAUUUAAAAUGUUUGUGUUAACAAAAAUUACAGAAGUAGUAUAGUGGUGGUCUUUUACAUAAGUUGCCUAUAAAAUAAAAGGAGCUAACUUUUCACAUCAUGAAUAAUGUUAAUUUGAAAGUUACAAAAUAAAGUGAAAAAAUAAUGCAUACUGUUAUUUGUGGGGGGGGGUUGUAUUUUUUUUAACUUUACUUGUCUUCUGUGUGCUGGAGCUAGAUCCUUCUAAACUAUAUUUACAGUCACACCUGUUAAAAUGGGCUCAAAAGAGCCAAGGGAUGCAGAUAUGCCUUUUAACUAUCAUAUUUCAAGAAACUUUAUAUCAUGUGCAAAGCUAGACUCUUUUUAAAGAGGCUUAUAGCAAAUGGACAUUUUUCCUUCCCUUAUUAUCAUCGUGUUAAAAGCUAAUUACAUGCUUGGUGUUAUACAAGAUAUGAAAAUAAAAACACUUCUGCUUCAAGAAGUUUACAGUCUGCUAAUAUCUGAUACUGAAUUAAUAUCCAAUUUCACUCCUUUAAUUUAUUCUAUAGUGAAAUUCCAGACCUUUUGAAAUCCUGCACUAUUUAGUCUGCCACCUGUCUUCUCUAUGCACAUAUAGGGAGAGAUGAAAGAGAGAAAGUCUGAGUAAACACUGUUUGAGUGAUAGGACACAUCUUGAAGCUCAUAACAUUCUCUUCUUUCAAUUAUUUCCUUAUUAAGAAAAGCAUAGCUUUUGUUUUAGGCCUUUUUUUUUAACUAGAUGCUACAACAACCAGAAGUGAGUGUGCUCUUACUGUAAUUACAGAAGUGUUUAUUAUAGUUUUUUGUGAACUGAGGACAUCGUCUGUCUUUGCUGUUCAGACCUGUUUUCUGUACAAGUUUAAGGCUAUAAAGGAAAUGCUGUCAGGCUCAUCAGUGGAACCUGUCAUUGUUAAAAACCAAUUUUAAGAUUUUCAUUUGGGGUUUGGUUUUUUCCUGUUUCAAUUGAAAAUGGUCAUAUUGGCUUGAAAGGGCAGAAAACUGGAAAAGAACCAGAGGAGUAACUGAGAAAUGACAGAAUCAUCUGAGAGCUUUGAGUUGCAUGUCUUAUACUUAAUCUGAAGAUGGCAGUGUGACUUAAAAAUAACCAUUGGAAAACAACUAUAUUGGGCAUUUUUGCGAUAAGGCAUACGUAAGUGGCUAAUGUUUCACUCAAGUUUUCGUACACUCAGAUAAACAAAAUAUUUCUUUCUGUGGUGUUAAUCCUUGAAUUUAGGCCUAGUGUUUUAGUAAAGUAAUUCACCCUGGACUGGUUCACUCUUUGUACUUAAAGUUUAUUUCUAAGGAUUUCAAAGGAACUGUAAAACUGAUAAAUUAAAAUGGAAGAACAGGUUAUGAUUAUCUAGUCAAUGAGUUAUCUCUGUAAGGCCUUAGUAAGUAUUUUGACACUUCACCCCUAACUUC